AUGAAGAGAAUGAUUUUGUUUGUGUCGAUUUUCAUGGCAAAAGAGGAAAAAAGUGAGGGUAAUAUAAGAAAGAAUUCAUCUCUGGUUGAUUCAUUAACAAAUAAUUGUGAUUCAAAUAAAGAUUACAUUAAUGAUUUUGAAAGUUCUCGAGUUAAAUCCAAACCAUGCUUUGAUAAAAAGAGAAAUCAGAUUUCUAGUUUAAAAUGUACUUUUGAAGAUGAAUAUUAUCCAGAAUGGAAUGAAUAUAUUUCAAAAUUCCGAAAUGCGAUUUAUUAUGAUGAAGUGGAAAAGCAACAAAAUCAAAUUAAAGAAUUAAAAAUAAUACAAGGAAAGGUUUACAAACUCAAUCAAUUAAGAGAUGAAGGAAAAUAUCUCCUGGAUAAUAAAAUAUGUUUUGGAUUAUCUAAUGUAGAUUAUAAAACUUUGCGAAAAUUUCCCGCUGAAUGCUUCCCAGCUUUUCUUGUAGAGUUUAAUCAUAGAAGAGAUUCAAAAUCAAUUCCUAAAGGUGAUUUGAGAUAUUUGGAUUCAUUACCGCAAGGUAUUAAGGAUGAUAUUAUUAAGUCAACAAAUAAAUAUAACAUCAAAUUUACUACUGAUAUGUUUAAUGAAGAUGAAAAACGUAGUUUAUAA